AUGGAUUCUGAAUGGACCAAAAAGUUGAGGGCACGUGAUGCUUCCCUGAGGUGGGCCAAGCUGGACCAGGAGACGUGGUCGAGGGAUAUUGAAGCGGCCAUUGAAGCUUCCCUGCCUGCCUGGAUCGUGACUGGUAAAACUGUUCCUCCUGCGUCUGCAACAGCACCGAAUGUAGCAGAGGCCGCAUCACCAGCUGCUCCCUCACCAGCAGCUACAAAAACACAGAAAUCACAUGCUGCGACAUCAACAGUGAGAGCAACAGCAGCAGCAGCACAGAAGCCAAGGCCUGCUGUUGCAGCAAGGUGCAAGGUGGGGGUUGAAACCGUGAAGGGAAAGAGUGUUUGCAGCAGCAAGGUGGUCAGCAUGGAUGUGAAGGUUGUCGAGGGCAGCAGACAUGCAGGGUCUGACCCACGUUCAGCAGCAGCAGCAAUAGUUGCGGGAUCAGGUGGUGCUGCAUCAUCAGUGAGAGAAGCAGGCAAGGCGAGGAGCAGGCACGUGAGUGGGGUGAAGAGGAGUGAGGGGCUGUGGCUCCCGGCUGCUGUUGGGAGUGCAUGA